AUGUCUUCUGAUUCAGACGUGCAGACUGAUCCCAGUCCCAGAUCAUCUGAUAAAGAAGCACUAAAAGGCGGAGGUGCCGAGGGCAGUGCUGACACCACUGGCGCCGGAGCUUAUGUUCAUUUGUACGACACGAGACCUUGGGCAGAGCAGACGUCUGAUUCCGAUCAAGGCGCUGGUGGUCCGGGUCCGGCAGCACUUGGAGAGCGGGCACUUGGCACGCUUCCGCAGGGAGGACAACCGGAGCCAGCUGCGGCUGGGACGCAGACGACGCCAAAAGCUAACAAGAAUGGCAACGGGAAUCGUCUCGAUGGUCAGGAGAAUCUCCUGUGAAGAAAGUUGCGCUGCAACGGGGGUUGAGAGAAAGUUCAAAUAAGAAACAAAACGGGGAAUAUCAAAAUAAGGAGAAGGAGAUUUGUGAUAUUUGCAAAAGAAGGAAAAGAUGAAAUUAUUUUUGAAUUGCUAGUUGAAUAAUAAAUUGCGGGUCUGCUCUUUUGAUAAUCGAACGUAAUCAAUAAGUAGUAUCUUUGAGGGCAUCCAUAACAUGUGACAGACCAAAUGCAUUGAAUCAUAGAGAAUCGUAAUUAUAAGCCGCCUGAUGUGAUCAUAAUGUAAAGAAGUAACAAGAAUGACCAUUAAGUAAUCAGUAAGUAAAUGAUCAAUCAUUUUCAUUUGUUCAAUCAGCAUAUUAUUUAAGAUUAACAUUUUCCAAGAAUCAUCAAACGACACCACUGCGUAUUUUUCAAUCACUAUAUGGUCAACGUUUUUUCGAAGAUACAGUUACAGAUAGUACUCCAAAACUGAAAAUAUGCGAGUAGCAAACUGAAGUAACUACCGAGUAUCUGAGAUUAUUACUCUCCUCAGUUACUCGCUUAUUUCAGUUCUUCGAGUACUGAAUUGGUUGCGUAUAUCAUAGUAUUGAAGAUUGUGAUGCUGUCUUCUCAUUUUCCUCCGAUAGACUUUGGCGAAGCGAAGGCUACGAGGAGAAUACAUAGAGCGAUGGCCGAGUGGCAUUCUCUUCGACUGCCUAGGCAUGGAGAACAAUGUCAUUCGGGCACACUUUUAAGAGAGCAUGAAUGUGGCAUCAAGAACGAAGGCGGUUGAUGUAACGUUAUUGCCUACACUAAGAAAAUUAUUUUUUUAGCACGAUCACAGCCACGUAGGAGCCGUUGGUUUUUUUGAUAAUUCUGACUGAUAAGUUUUUAGGCCAACGCGUAAACCAAUAAGCAAAUUAGCGAGUUGUGCAGGCGGCUGCUUGAAACAAGAUUUGGCGACCAUGUUAUUGCUAGUGUGGUCUAAUCUAGUUGUACUACCUACUUAGAAGUUUUCAUCAGGGUUCCAUCAUACUGAGCGUAGUGGUCAUGUUAAAUAAUGUUUCAACUUGAAAAAGAUUAGGAAAGGCAAAAAUGUUUGAGAUUUGAAUCGUGUAGAUUGGGACUAAGAUUAUUGAUAGAGAUAGAAACAGUCAGUAAGUUAGAAUUUGAUAGUGGCAAUGACAUGUAUGAAUAGGAAAGCGUCGGUCCUCGCGUGCUAACCCACUAUCAUCUAGAACUUCUGUAGCUGAAAAAUUGAAAUGAAGCAUUACAACAUAGAGCUCCUACACCGAGCAGUAGAAACGUGGGCACAAAGUGCAGAAAGCUACCGGAACGAAAGGAUCUCAAUGGCAUUACCAAGCAACAAAAUGCGGCAUUUAUAUGAUGACUCACGUUGGGGUUUUUUGUUUUUUCGGACUAUACUGACUGUAGCACAGCUUGAUGUCUUCCCUCAUGUUACGACUCUGUUAUGGAUGGGGCAACAGACAUCGCAUGAUAAGGGAGGCGCAUGCAAAAUGUUUGUUCUUCUAUCUUCCGGUGACUCUGAAUUU